AUGUCCUUCAGAAGUUUCUACACCAGCGACAACGCACACCUUACAUCCCCCACGGCCAGUUACCGCGAGCCCUUGUCCGAUAGCUCGUUCACGUCGUUCCCUCCAUCGAUUUCGUCUUCAAAUUGCAGUGAGGACAGCUUUCAAACGGCAUAUCAAGGCACCUUUUCCCCCCAGUUGGAGGAUACCUUUGUUAAUCAUUUCGGGUUUUACGACGAGGUUGAUUCUGACGAGAACACCUUUGCAACUCCUUCGGUGUCAUCCGAUGGCUCAUUCAAAGCUGCAGACCCGGGGCAUGGCAUGGUGACUAUGGACUUGAAUGUUGGCAACACCAGUGAAGAAGCGCAUAUUGGCAACACUGGUGAAGACGCACAUAUGGAUCAAACCCUUGAUGUAUCCGAGACUGAUGACGAUUCUGACGACGAGUACAUGCCCUCUAAUGACGAGCAUGAGAUGAUGAUGACUGACGCCACAAAUGUGCGCCUUACACGCUUGGAGGCAAAUAUUGGUGCCAUUCUGGCUGCCAUAAAGUCUCUGACAGCACAGGUUGAGGCGCAAAACAAUGCCGCUACUCGAGUUAAUCAAGAAGCCCCAUGCUCACGUCGGGAAAGGCCAUCAGACCCGCCCAGUGGACCCCGACGACGUUCUUCUGACCACAUCGCACUUAUGCGCCGUAUCCGUGCAGAACUUACUCGGCUUCUGGGUAACGAUUUCAUGGAAAUGCAAAACUUACCCAGUAAAGACGAACUUGACGCGUUUGCAUCCAUGUGGAACUCCUCUAUUGAGGAGAAUUUCUUCUUCCGGCAUAUGAAGUCACUCCAGGCAGCAUUUCGUAGAAAGAACGCCGAUGAUGCUGAUAGAAGAACCGAGACUACUGCCAAGCGCCGCUGGCAGAGGAAGCAGAACCUUUACCAUAAGCGCUUGGGCAUUGCACAAGAGCAUCCACUCCUCCAGCCCCAUGUCGCUAUGCUUCAGCGUUUGGGAAUUGGUGGCAUGAGUAGUGACGAAAGCGAUUAUGAGGAUGAAGUUGAACACGGUGCUGUACCCAGCAGCGGCCCGGCUCCGAGGUAUAUCGUACAUCAGCCUGCCUGGCGUGCUGCUUCCCUUUCGUUUUGGUUGCAAACCAUCGACUCUGUUCAGAUCAUUCUUCGAAAGAUCACUGGAAGGCACCGGGGUGCAUUCCCUCGUCUUCGCGUCGCCUCGGAGAUUGAGAGCUCUAGCAGAAGUUUUGUCCCGGACCUCCCCAUCAAUGCGUACAACCCUGUUUGGUUGGCCUCACGUCCGUUUUUCCAAUUCGAGGUUCGUCCAACAGAUGAGACCUAUAGCUUCAAUCACGAUAACCGUUUAUUUACGUAUUUCUCCAUUUAA